AUGAUGGACGUGGCCAAAGAGCGCAGCACGCCCCAGAUGGCGGCCCACCAACACCAGCAGCAGCAGCAGCAACAGCAAGUAGGCGCAAAGCCCAAUCAGGAUACAGGCUGUAGCGGCGUGUCCGCUACUUGUGGCGGCAGCACGUCAGAGCGGGGGAGCGCCGGCGGCAGCGGCCGGGCGCCAGCUGUGUGGCAGGAGAGGACGGCAGAGGAGAGGACCGGGGCCGGCCUGGUCCCGCGGGAGCCGAGCCGGCACAAUCACCGCCCGGGAUUACUGUUAUUGCCGCAACAAGGAUCCGCCGCUAAUCCGCGCCGCACCGCCGACGCCGCCGCCUGGGGGACCACCAGCUCGCCGGCUGCCCCUCCAGCAACCCCUGCUGCUACUGCCGCUGCUGCUGCUGCUGCACCGUCUCUGCACCACCGACAGGUGGGUACGGUGCUGCUGUACGGCGUGCCGAUCGUGUCGCUGCUGAUCGAGUCGCAGGAGCGGCUGUGCCUGGCGCAGAUCUCGAACACGCUGCUGAAGGAGUUCAGCUACAACGAGAUCCACAACCGGCGCGUGGCGCUGGGCAUCACGUGCGUGCAGUGCACGCCGGUGCAGCUGGAGAUCCUGCGGCGCGCCGGCGCUAUGCCCGUGUCGUCGCGCCGCUGCGGCAUGAUCACGCGCCGCGAGGCCGAGCGCCUCUGCAAGAGCUUCCUGGGAGACAACGCGCCGCCGCGACUGCCAGAGGACUUCGCCUUCGCCGUCCACCACGAGUGCGCCUGGGGCUGCCGCGGCGCCUUCCUGCCCGCCAGGUACAACUCGUCGCGGGCCAAGUGCAUCAAGUGCGCCAUGUGCGGCCUCUUCUUCUCGCCCAACAAGUUCAUCUUCCACUCGCACCGCUCGGGGCCCACGGCCAAGUACGUCCAGCCCGACGCCGCCAACUUCAACUCGUGGAGACGACACCUGCGGCUCAGCGGGUCGCCGCCCGAGGAGGUGGUGCACGCGUGGGAGGACGUCAAGGCCAUGUUCAACGGCGGCACCCGCAAGCGCCUCAUGGCCUCGUCGUCGUCGUCGUCCUCCUCCUCGUCGGUCUCGUCAGCGUCGUCGGCCUCGUCACCGGCCUGCAAGCAGCCCAAGCUGACGCCCGCCCCCGCACCUGCACGCGUGCCACCCUUUCCGGACCUGCCGCUUCCGCUCUCCAGGAGCCUGGUGAUGGACUACGUGUGGCACCAGAAACAGCAGCACUUCGCCUUCCCGCCCUAUGCGGCUGCGCUGCCCUGGCUGGCGAGCGCCAAGCUGGGCUUCCCGCCCCCACCGCCGCCCCCGCCGCCUCCACCGUCCGCGCUCAGCCACGCAGACCUGCAGCCCAAGGAAAGAAGAGGUUCUCCUCUUGCAGGCUACAGUAUUGAGCAGAUACUGGAGGUACUGGAGCGUUCCCUUGAAAAAGCUCUUGUGUUCUCGCAGGCCUCGGUGGGCGACGCUCCGAGCCCCACGGGCAUUGGGGCCAGCGCCGAAGACGAAGACGACGACGAGACGCUGGUCGACAUCGAGAGCACCGAAGACGAGCCACCCCCGGCGCCCACCCCCGCCACCCCCACUAACGCUCCAGCGCCGCGGCUCUGGAAAACCGCCUCGCCCAAGGUCGAGGAAGAAAUCGCAGAGCAGCAAGACAGCCCAGCCGGAGGUGAAGGUCAGGCGGUUCCGCGGCCGGGCCUGUGGGCUGUGGCGCGCCUCUCGCUGGAGCACCCCGAGCGCGCCCUCUACCGCAGCGAGGUCGCCAGGCAGCUGCACAUCAUGAGGGAUGCGCACACGGCGCUGCAGCACCUGUCGUCCAAGAUGGCGCUGGACUGCUCGGCGUGCCACCAGCUGUACAGCGGCGGCGUGCUGCCCACACACUCGCCCGACGCCAAGCUGGCGCCAUAG